AUGAGUAUAGCUGCAUAUGCGUAUGAAGCUGAUAGAGCUAAACGUUUAUAUUUUGGUCAAUACUCUCUCACACUUACUGACAAAUAUAUUGUUAUCACUGAUGGAAAUACUGAGAAAUACAUAACAUGGAAGGACUAUGAAAAGUUUGACCCUAUUUUAACUCCAUGUACUAUGCCAUUCAUUGUAAAUGGUGAAAUCGUCAUGAAGAACGACACAACUGUUUAUAGGUCUGUAUAUGAAGCUCUUGAAAGCAUUCUUAACUUCAAUCCUUCAGGGUUCGAUACAAAAACAACUCCUUCGACAAUGCCAUUCAUUGUAAAUGGUGAAAUUGUGUCAAAAAAUAAUGAAACAGUGUAUAAGUCAGUGUAUGAGGCGCUGAACUAUAUGCUUCAUUUCAAUCCUUCUGGUUUUGACCCACAAAUAACUUCAUGUACUAUGCCAUUCAUUGUAAAUGGUGAAAUCGUCAUGAAGAACGACACAACUGUCUCAAAGUCUGUUCGUGAUAUUUUAGACUACUUGCUUCAUUUGGGUCCUACAGGAUUUGACCCAUAUACAACUCAAUGUCAA